AUGUCUGUGGCAAUUGGAUUUCAUCCAAAACAUGCCAGCAGUAGCCAUCACAGACUGAAUGAGGACAUUAAACUCAUGUUGAGGCUCUUGCGUCAUCCUAAGGUCUCGGCAUUUGGAGAAAUAGGCAUAGACCACACUGAGCCUAGAAAAGAUUGGUCCUACCAAGUGGAUUUACUGGAAAAGAUCUUGCCAGAGCUCCAGGAUCAGCAUGUAUUGAUUGUACACUGCCGUGGAAUGAGAGGCGACUGCGGAACAGAAGCUUUUCUACUUCUACUGCACUUUUUGAAGAAGUUAGUCCGCACCAAUCAUCCCAUUCAUCUCCACUGCUUCGCAGGUAAUCAGUAUGUGUUUAAAAGAUGGUUAGAGGUGUUUCCACGAACAUACAUUGGUUUCACCAACAUGGUCCAGUCGUUCGAUCCAGAGCAAGUUGCUGCUUUAUGCGCCAUUGAAGAAAACAGGUUGCUCCUGGAAUCUGACGCUCCAUACUUCAAGACGAUGGGAACCAAUGUAUCGUCUCCAAGCCAGCUCUACGCUGCUGCCAUGAAUGUGGCUCAACACCGAGGAACAACACCAGAACGAAGCCUGGAAAUCACAGUAGCAAACGCACAAUGUUUGUACCACGACCAGUUCCAGUAA